AGAUAGGAUAUGAACAAUCAUGCUCAAGGCAGCUCCUCCCCUUCACUGGUGAAGUAACAGCAAAUUAUGACUCAAAUCUUAGCCCUUCGCAGCCACUCAGUUUUUCCUGCAGUCGGCACAACGGCACCCUGACAUCAGCUGACCACCGCACUGGAAAUUCCCUCGCAAUCUCCCUCCGCUUUGCCCCCCAGGCGCCUAUAAAAGGACAGAUUGCCCUUGGGUGCAGCAUCAGAAGGAGAAGGAGUGUUCAAGAGUCCCUGGUCUGCUUCUGCUCCUGACGCUCAUCCUCACCCAACAGCAACAUGAAGGUCUCCGUGGCUGCCCUCGCCGUUCUCCUCAUCGCUGCCUUCUGCUCGCAGGCCUCCUCUGCCCCAAUUGGCUCCGAUCCCCCGACUGCCUGCUGCUUUAGCUACACAUCCCGGAAGAUCCCACGCGGCUUGGUGGUGGAUUAUUAUGACACCAACAGCAUGUGCUCCCAGACGGCCAUAGUAUUUAUCACCAAGAAGGGCCGUGAAGUCUGUGCUAACCCCAAAGAGGACUGGGUUCAGGAGUACGUGACCCAUCUGGAAAUGAAGUGAGCAGAGCAGGGGACAGACCAGGGACCAAGCCUUGCCCAGCAAUGAAAGUGUUCAUGUUCAAAGGGCACCCUUCCUGCUGGUGCAUCUAGUGUUAGUGCCACUUGCUGGCUUAGUGGAAAUAACCUGACAUAUAUACAUGUAUUUAAAAUAUUAUUUCAAUCUAUUUAAGAAAUCUAAUUUGCACUGAAACCUGAGCUAAACGGUGUACUAUUUCUAGAUUAGUACCCGGGGGGUUGGGGGCAGGUCACAUGACAUGGCUCCCUUCACAGCUCAAAUGUGAAGAUUAUUUAAUAUAUUUUAUAUCAAACGGAACGUUUCCUGUAAUACUGAGCUAUGUGAUUUGAUGGAAUGCUGAACGUAGAUGAUGAAGAAUAAAUAUUUUUAU